AGGCCGCGCGACCGCCUCCCGCCCCUUUUGUGACGUCAUGUCUCAGCUGGUGCCGCGUCCUUCUCCUUCAGCGGAGCCAACACCUGUGUGACCGAGAGGUGACCGAGGAGAGCCGUGUCCUCAGCUUCAGCGUGUGGAAAAUCUCCGCUGGCAGCAAAGUUUCCUCCGGCCUAACCAGUGAGCGCCGAUCGGGGUCAUGUCAGAGGAGAAGAUACAGGACCUCGGACAGUUCAACAGUGGUGAAGGCAAAAUGCCAGCUAUGAACGCAGUGAAAAAAUGCUCUUGGGCAUCAUAUAUGACAAACUCUCCCACCUUGAUUGUUAUGAUUGGUCUGCCUGCGAGGGGCAAGACUUACAUGUCUAAGAAGUUAACUCGAUACCUCAACUGGAUUGGUGUGCCUACGAAAGUGUUUAAUCUAGGAGCAUAUCGUCGUGAAGUGGUCAGAUCCUACAAGUCUUUUGAGUUCUUUCGUCAUGACAAUGCAAAAGCCAUGAGAAUUCGCAAGCAGUGUGCCCUGAUCGCUUUGGAAGAUGUGAAGCUUUAUCUGUCAGAGGAAGGAGGCCAGAUUGCUGUGUUUGAUGCCACAAAUACUACCCGAGAAAGAAGAGAUCUUAUUUUAGACUUUGCCAAGGAAAAUUCUUACAAGGUGUUUUUUGUGGAGUCUGUAUGUGAUGAUCCAGAAGUGAUUUCCUCUAAUAUCAUGGAGGUGAAAGUGUCUAGCCCUGACUACCCUGAAAGAAACCGAGAGAAUGUCAUGGAUGACUUCUUGAAGAGAAUUGAAUGCUAUAAGGUUACCUAUGAGCCUCUGGACCCAGAUUCUUAUGACAAAGACCAUUCUCUUAUAAAAGUUAUUAAUGUUGGCCAGAGAUUCCUAGUAAACAAGGUACAGGACUAUAUACAGAGUAAAAUCGUCUACUACCUCAUGAACAUUCAUGUACAGCCUCGGACCAUCUACCUGUGCCGACAUGGCGAAAGUGAAUGUAAUCUAGCUGGAAGGAUUGGAGGAGACUCGGGCCUUUCUGCACGAGGAAAACAAUUUGCCCAGAAACUAAGAAAGUUUAUUGAAGAGCAGGAAAUAGUGGAUCUCAAGGUUUGGACCAGUCAGCUGAAGAGAACAAUUCAAACAGCAGAGGCCCUUGGUGUUUCUUAUGAACAGUGGAAAAUCCUCAAUGAAAUUGAUGCUGGAGUUUGUGAGGAGAUGACCUAUAAGGAGAUUGAAGAAAAAUUCCCAGAAGAAUUUUCAAUGAGGGAUCAGGAUAAAUAUCUCUAUCGCUACCCCGGAGGAGAGUCCUAUCAAGAUCUUGUUCAGCGCCUGGAACCUGUCAUAAUGGAGUUGGAACGUCAGGGAAAUAUUCUAGUCAUUUGCCACCAGGCCGUCAUGAGGUGUCUUUUGGCUUACUUCCUGGAUAAAAGUGCCGAUGACUUGCCUUACCUUCGCUGUCCACUGCACACAGUAUUGAAGCUGACACCAGUUGCUUAUGGCUGUAAAGUUGAAAUGAUCAAGCUAAAUGUGGAUGCGGUGGACACACACCGAGAGAAGCCAGCAGGCAUAUUUGAUGUGAAUGACACACCCAUGCGAAUGAGGCGGAACAGCUUUACUCCUCUGUCCAGCGCUGACACAGUUAGACGACCACGAAACUACAGUGUUGGGAGUCGUCCACUUGAUCCAGUAGGGGUGGAAAGAUACAGAAUGGCUCCCGAUGGGUCUGAUCGCCCACUAAAACAACGUUCUCUGGAAAGUGCUUGCAUAGGAACAGCUGAUACUAAUGGUUGCGAUGCCUUUAAGUCUCUAUCUGCCAUUGUGUAAUUGGCUGAAGAGUCUGCAGAAUGUGCUUCUGUUUCAUCAAUUUAGUCAGUUUCAUGAUUCAUAAACGCUGCACAUGUUCCUUCCCAGUAUAGAAGCAUUUAUCACACAAAACUUUGCUAAUAGAAGCUUAAUGGAGGUUUACAUCUGUUUUUUUUUAUUUUUUAUUAUU